CCUCCAAAUACACCGAUCCAAACAGGGGCUUAGCGUGCCUCAUAAACCCUGCCAAAUUUCCGCUUCUCCAUCAUAAAUCUCAUCAUCGCUUUGAAUCCAAUGGCAUCCAUUUCCGCCGCUAGAUCGAUUCUCCGAUCGAGCGGCACCCGGAGUGCUGCCGCUCGGCUAGACUCCCAAAUCAAAUCCAAGGCAGCUCCUUCCGCAUUUCGUGCUACCUCCUCCAGGACUCCUCUCGCCAGCCGUACCUUCAGGUGUCCUGUUGAAUCCAGUUUUUGUUUGGAGCCCAUGCUGCCGUACCACACGGUUACUGCUUCAGCUUUGAUGACUUCGAUGCUCUCAAUUUCUAGCCGCAGCUCCGCUUGGCUUCCUGAAGGCUGAGAGAAUACUAGAUGGAGAUCAAGAAGCAAAAUGGAAUGACUUGGAUUUGUAUUGUUUUGUUUUCAAGCUUUUAAAUUAAGGAAUAGCAAUAUCCAUAAACUAGGCAGCAUGGUUGUCUGUUUCAUAGUAGUGAUUAAGCACAAUGUAAAUUGAGAGUAUUUUGCAAAAAUUAUAUUUCUUGGAAAUUCUUAGUAAUCCAUUAAGAAAUUAGAUGCAGUUAUUUGAGAAAUAUAUGUGUUUCAUGCUUGCAAUGAUGAUGUGUGAAGUGUAAUGACUAUUUCAGUGGAUUUGGUCAAGUUUACUGUAGACAGUUCUGCUUCCUAAGACACUGACAGGAGAUAACCUAAAGAUUUUCAUUGAGAUGAUGAGAAGACAAGUGAAUUUCAUUAGCUUUCAAACCUACAGGAGCAAUAAAAUUUGUUGUUCUCUUUGGGAAUAAGAGAUUUUAUCACUAUCAAUCCAUUCCAUGCUUUCACAUUAUUAGCUACAGAAUAAAUUGCAGUCUGCAGAUCAUUGACAAGGUUUUUCUUACCAUUUUCUGCAAGUGAUUAAAAUUCAAGUACUAAU